AUGCCAUGGACAAUGAACCUGAACUGCCCUGUGUUUCACGGAGGAAACGACAACCCAGUAGACUAUCUCUGCCUCGCGGAGCUUUACUUCAAGUACCUCAAGACUCCCGAGUUGAACAAAGUGGAGAUUGCGUCCCUUCACUUACAGAGUGCAUCGAUAAGCAACCAUAAGCAAACGGGAUCAGUGAAAGAGUACACAAGAGAGUUCCUGAGGCUAUACUCUGUCUUGGAAGGGAAAAAAAAAAGGCCGAUCGGCUAUACUCCACGACGCUUGCACUCGCAGGGGACGGAGCUUUUUCUCGCAGUCACUGCUUCGUCCUCUGGGUUCGGCGCCCGCCUAGCCGCCUAG